AGCAGAACACUUUCGCAGGAAAAACGCCGAUAAGGAAAGAACCAGGGCCCUAUCUGAACACCUCUUUCACUUCAUCGAAUCAUGCAGGACGAUACAAAGGAAUGGAAUCCCGGUCGUGCCGACUUCUGGGUGCAGUUCUACGACGACGAGGACGGGCACCUGCGCGAGAAGGAGCAGCAACACAAGAAGUCACGGGAGUUAGCGGAGGGAGGCAGUUUGAUGGACCACUACGAGUGGUUUAUGGAGUACCCGCUCUAUGAAAAAAAGCUCCUCGCAUUCCUUCCGCAGGUGCCCACCGCCCGCACGACAGAAAAGCCGAUGCGGUGGUUGCACGUGGGGUGCGGUAACAGCGACUUCUGCGACCAGGUUGAGGGCCUCCUCUCAGAUCAGCUCAGCGUCUCCGCUUCUCCUCCUGCGGAGGUGCUAAACGUGGACAUUUGCGAGAACAUUAUCACACACUUAGCGCGUCGGUUUCCGUGGCGGUUGUACGCUGUUGGUAACUGCUGCGACCUGCACGUGACUGCUCGAUCAGCAUCGUUGUCGCAGGAGCGCCCCGCUGGCGAGGAGCCGUGGUUUGUUCUUGAUAACACUUUGCAUGUACAAAUGGUGCGUCAAAGCGCGGUGGAUGUAGUCUUCGACAAGGGAACGGCGGACGCGUUGCUCAGCGCCUUCGCCGGUGAAUUCAACCCGAACAUGGAAGCUUACGUUGGGGAGAUGUUAAAGGUGCUUCGUCCUGGUGGGGCAAUGUUUGUCAUCUCUAUCAACAGCGAGGAGGUGGUCAAUCCGUACUUCCUCUCCGCGCAGGACGGGGACAAGUCUUUCCAGCUGGUGUUCACAGACGUUGUUGAACUGGGCGCUGGCGGGCUGCGCCACCUGCGCGUGGAAACGUUGGGCUCGCGCUACAGCUGUUACGGCUACACUGUUGUGCUCCCUGCAGAUUGA